AAAUUCAAGUAUCAAAAAGAACACCAGCCGCUCGACCCAAUUAAACAAGCACUUUGAAACUUUGCACGUGUUCUCGGCAAGGCCUUCUCCUUCGGCACCCCUCCCCUCUGCCCGCUCCACCAGGCGAGUGUCUUGACCCAGCUCCAUUGCCAAUCUUUGGGCAUUUGCUCGAUCUGCAGCCUGUGCUCCUUUUCCGGGAUCGCUGGAUCAUGUGGGAGUCCGUCCUAUUCGUGUUGCGGCAAUUCUACAGUUUCGUCUGCCCCAUGCAGAUCUUCUACGAAAUCGACGAAACCGAGCAGUUGGGGAACCGAGAGGAUUAAGUGUGACAGCGAAUGGAGCGAGCCGCUCUUUGGAGCCCCCAAUCCCUCAUCCUCAUCCUCAGCCUCAUCCUCAUCUUUGAUCCCCGACCCGACCCGCUCGUUUCCGUUUCUCGUCUCCUUGUAUUUCAUUUCCGCCAUUUAA